AAAAUCCUUGUGUUUUUUGCAUUUCCAAAAUAUAAAUCUUAAAAUUUUCUGAGAUUUCCCAUUUACUUAGUAAAAUAUUGUACUGUAUUUAAUUAUGUCAAAACAGUACGGCUUGAUUGAUCCUAAAGCGAACAAAACGAAAAUUACGAAGCAUGCGGCUUUUGAGAGUGAUUCGGAUUCCGAAUCAUCGGAUCCAAAAAAAUCUGUCAACUUAGAGCUUGGAGAAAGCCAGAAGCGUCAAGUAAAAGCGGUACAAGCCAAAGUGCUGGCCGAAGAUCCCACUAUAUAUCAGUAUGAUGAAUUGUAUGACGAUAUGGAUAACAAGCGAAAGGAAUCGAAAGCUGACAAAUCUAAAGAAGAGCGAAAACCAAAGUAUAUCGGCAAGUUACUGGAAACGGCUGACAAACGCAAGAAGGAGCAGGAAAGACGUAUUGAACGGCAGGUUCAAAAAGAAAGAGAAGAAGAGGGUGAAAUGUACAAAGAUAAGGAAUCGUUUGUAACUUCCGCCUACAGAGCAAAGUUAGAAGAGAUGAAAAAAGCUGAAGAGGAUGAAAAGCGGGAGGAAUAUUUGGAGAAUAUUGGUGACGUUACAAAACAGAGUGAUCUAGGAGGGUUCUAUAGACACAUUUAUUCGCAGAAAAUGAGAGAAGGUAGCAACCAGAAGCAGAUAGUAAACGAAAAUGCUGCUAGAGAACAAGGAAAUUCCAGUGCUUCGGAUGAAGAGUCAAAACAAGAAGACCGAAAACGUAAGGAUGAUAGUGAAUCCGACGAGGAAGAACGCGCAAGGUUAGAAGCACUGAAGAGCAAAGAAGCCGGACAGUCUAAGGGACGAAGAUAUCGCAAACGACGUUCCGAUGAUGAAGAAAAUGACGAAAAUGAAAAGAAUGAUUCCUCUAAAAAGGUGCAUCUCCAGUCGAAUUUGGAUGCUGAUUCAGACUUCAGUAUUGAUUCAAACAGCAGCAGCGAAAGUGAUUCAGAGCAUGAUAACGAUAAGAAGCGUAAGCACAGAAAAAAGUCCAUUGAAGAAUCGCCUGAGAAAAAGGUAAAAACGGAAGAUCACAAGGGCCCAACCAAUGGAGUUGACAACGUAGAAAAGUCAACCCAAGCAAAUGGAAAAGAGAUUACUAAGGUAGAGGAUAAUCGAAGCAUGAAAGAAACAAAGAAGAAGGAACCCAAAAUCGAUAUAUGGAAAAAGCGGACCGUUGGCGGAGUAUUUGAUGCUGCUUUACAUAAAUAUUACGAACGGAAGGCAACACGAGAAUCUGGUUGAUUUCUUUAUUCUUAAGUGUGUAUUUGAAGAUUGGGGAGCAUAAGUACGUCAUGCAGAAUUCAGAAAAAAAUCAACCCCCUCCCCCAUGUUAUAUACUUUCUGCAUUGCUUGUCACAUUUGUAACCUCUCCCCUUCUCUGUUCUUAAACCGUGACGUACUUCAUGUAUCUCCUCUUAUGGUAAUUAAAAUUU